CAGACUCCUCCCACCGAGUUGUCCUGGGAAACACUAACAACUGUAAGAAAGUGCACGCAGACCCCCUGUUACUGACCCGAGGACACUUUAGUAGGAAAACCACGCCGCUUCUCGUUCGUUUCACUGUUCAGUGCAAAACUUUUAAAAGAAUUGCGGCCCAGCUUCAGACACUGCACGUCGAUCCACCAACAGGAUUAUUAUGCGUCCAAAGGCUGCUGCUUCUUCACGCUGAGCUUCAUUUGCUUAAGUGUCCAGGGACAUGAAACUCAACCCACAGCAAGCUCCAUUGUAUGGGCGGUGUGUUAUCACAGUGCAGCUCGCUGAUGAAGAGCUGGCUGCGGAUGAAAAGGGCGUGGACUACUUCCUGCUGUUUGCUGGCAGCACACAGAGGCACCUGACCAGCACCCUAAGAAGCAGUCAUGACACCUUGCAGGCAGUGUGUCCCGCUCAUGACUGCUGCGAGGCGGUGCUGGUCACCUUGUGUUCACUUAGCCGAGGCAUCCCUGAGGCCCCUGAGGACCUAAAACCCUGUCUGGGUCAUGUGGCACCGCUGGCUGAGCAUCGAUUCAGCUUCGUCCAGGAUUUGGCUUUUGACAUGGCCCAGUUUCUGGUGAGCACAGCGGGCCGGGCCGACGGCCUCGAUGGGGCGCUGCUGCUGGAUGAGUGUCAGAUUCCUCUGCAGGAGUGUGAACGUCUGGACGAGAGCCUGGCGCUCGCCCUCCACCACCUUGCGCUGCCUCCAGGAUGGAGCCUACUGGGAAACAAACUAAUCAACAGCACUGACCUGAAUCCUCAGGAGACUCUGCUGCACUUCUCAGCUCGGCGGGGUCUGCUUCGGGUUACGCGCUUCUUGCUGCGGCAGUCUGGAGCUAGAGAAGCCCUGCGACUGGCCAACAGACAAGGCCACACCCCAGCCGCCGUUGCUGCUUUACGGGGACACGAGCGCCUCCACGAGCUCCUCAUGAAGGCUGACACAGACACAGAGACGGACGAAGGCGCUGAGAGCGUCCACCUGGUCCCUACAGAUGCCCGCGUAAUUUGCCACCUCCCCAGGCUGAACACGCACACCCUGACACUGAGAAUCCACCCUGGGCGCGAACCUCCGACCCUUGAGAAGAGUGUGGAGCAGCUGCUGCACUUGAUAUGCCAUCUCCAUGCCAAGGGAGUUUCUGAACUGGAGCUGCAGGUUGAGUGUCUGCACACAGCUGCUGAAUGUUGUGAUGGUGUCAAAACGGAGAUAACCUGUGUGGAGCAACUACAGCAGCCGGCUACAGCGUCAGAUUGCUUGGAUACAACAACUGAAGGCAGCUGGGUAGAAAACUGCCCAGUGGAAAGCAGUGUUGUUGACUGUGAACAUAGUAAACCUGGGAAUGCGGAGAAAGACUGGAGUUUGUCUGUGAGUACUCCAACAUCAGAAGUACGCCCCCAGGAGCACGGCCUUGGCUCCCCAGAGGAGCGGGUGUGUCUCAGUUCAAACACUGAGAGAGAUUACUGCCAGACAGAGGAGGAGGGAAGGGAGCAGCCUGUUGUUUCCACCCAGAGUUUGAGUUUGUGUGACAGGAGUGAAGAAGCACAGAGUGAGCCAGAAGGGGCAAGCCUCACUGUGGGAACAUUACCACCAGCAGGCUGUGGUAAACAGGCAGAGGAAACUGAUAGAGGAGAGGCUGUGAUCCGGGAAGGACAGGAGGCCACAAAGGGAGUGGACAGAUGUGAGCAGGAAGAAGAGGACAGCACAGCCUGGAGGAGGGAAGAGGAGGCCAGCUCUGAGUCAACAGAUCUAAUAACGACUAGUGGAGACACGAAAGCUUUAGUCAUGGGCCAAUCCCCGUCGUCAGGCGGCUCAGAGGUGUCAGACAACUCUGAUUCUGAGGUGAAAGACUGCUCUCAGGAAGGAGAGACUGUCGAGGGAGAAGAGGUGAAACUGAUCGAGGAUCUCUCGGAUGGACUCUUUUACGAGGAGGAGAAGGUAGAGAAUGAAGAGUUAACAGACCCUGUAUCAACCCCAGGGGACCUCCCCAACCCAUCGCUGAUAGACUGCGGUGGUGUAAUCGAGGAUCCUGAACCUGCUUUUUCACGUCUCUUGAUAGAAGGCCUCCACAAGGGGGAACCUCCACCAGACAUAAACAGCCUGGAACAAAACCAGGAAACAGCUGGUAGGGAUUACGCCACAGAGCAGCAGCAGGGCCGGGCUCCAGAAACUUGUUGUCAUUCUGGGAAUUGUACUGGAACAGCUAGUUGUAAAGAGCUAGAUGGUGAGGACGUAGCUGAACCUUCUGCAUGCAGUAUAGAAAACAUUACUCUUACUAUGGAUGAACAUGACCAUACAGAGGAUUGUCAGUCUGCUGGUAACUCCACGGAAGAGACACGGACUGAUCAAGUCGACUGUGAGCAAUCACCUGAAGUUGUGCCCAGCUCUGGUGAUGGACAAGCUGAUCUAGAUUCAUGCAUGGCUCACGGCCUCUCCAGUGAUGACGAUGGCAGUUUCCAAUCAGUUGGAAGCUCCACAACAGAAAUAUUCCACUCCACUCAGGACAGUGCCACUAUGGAGGAGCCAGAUUUGGACAUAACCCAGACUAAGAUAGCAGAACUUUCCUCAGCAGGAUCUAUGAUGGAGGAAUCAAAUGAUGUGAGCCCUGGUGAAGGCGAUGAACAUUCACUUACUGUGGACGCAGGGCUCCCUUCGGAGCUGGGCGCUGUCAGUGCAGAGACAGUGACAGACUGCAACCAGACUGGCACUGAGCCUGAAUCGCAACUGCCACCCAGCCCUCAGACAAUGGAGGCUUUGAAUCCUGAGGGGGCAGGAGAGGAACUUGUCCCAGAACUUUCCAAAGAGGAUCUGUUGUUAGGUCCUGUGUUGUCAGAGAGCGAGGGCUCUCCAACAGUGAAUGUUGAUGCAAGUAAAACUGGAGAGUCCAACAGCUCUGACCUGAAUGCAGAGACUGAGCAUCCGGCAUCAGAGGUUACCAGUGGGGGGUCAUUUGAACGCGGGCACUCAGUUGCAGAAGAGACUGAAGUGACCAGCCCAGUUGGAGGUGAUCAUCAGUGCCCAGAGACUAGUGAUAGAUCUGUGGUGGCCUCAGGAGAGGAGAGUGGACCUGUGCAAUCUGUGCUACAGCAAGAGAAACAGGAUAAUUUAGAGAUGACAGCAGAUGAAAGGUCACCUGAUGAGGGAUUAAGACACUCAGAGAAUCAGAUCGAUGCUUCUCCAUCUCAGAGUAUCCCUCUGCUUUCAGACAGUGCUGAAGUAGAGCUGUCAUGUCCAAACAAUGAGGCAUCCAAUGAACCUCCUGUUGAGAAUGAGAUGACUGAAAGUCCAAAGACUCUUGAUACAGUGGAUGGAGCCUCAGAAAGUCACAACAGUGAAAUCCAAGAGGUAGAUGUCAUUAAGUCUGAAGACACUGUAAUUGCUGCAGGGGAGGAAGAAAAUGACACAGCGGAGGAAACUGACUUCUCCACGAUCCACCGAGACAGAGAGGCGUCGUUUCAUCAGCCCUGCGACACUCAACACUCAGGAUCCUCACAGUCUUCAGCGUUUCCCAGUUUGCCCAGUCGGACUAGCAGUACGACCAGUUGUCCCUCCGCAGCUCACAGAGAUUCUGGCAGCGACAUAGAAAGCUUCCUGAACGCCGAGCCGGGAUAUGACAGCGUCUUCAGAAAGAACGAUGAACCAGUGACAGGAGGAGACAGCACCAGCGAGGUCUCUGUCUCCUGCUCCUCCACAGACGACACCGCUAGCGUCGGCCCGUCCAGCUCCAGUCCCGAGGGCAGCCAGGGCCUGGGCUGCAGCUGGAGCCCAGAGGAGGGCGUCCAGACAGGGGCUGCCACCUCUGCAGGACUGGAUGGUGGAGGAGGAGGAGGAGCAGCAGGAGACGCUGAAGAAGAGGCCAAGGACAGAGUGACUGAGGUGCCGCGACGCUCUUGUCUCCUCCGGAACAGCCUCCGCUCCCUGUCGCCUCUACGCCGCCACAGCUGGGGUCCUGGAAAGAACAACGGAGGAGACACAGAGAUGAACCAGAGGAGUUCCAUCCGUAGCCCUGGUGAGGGGAAGCCGACCUUUCACAGGAGAAGCAUCAGCUGGUGCCCUCCCGAUGCUCCCCACAGCCAUGGUGUGGAAGUAGUUAGUUCCUUCAGCUACAGCCUGGAGGGGCUCAGUGGGGGGCCAGAAGAGCUGAGGGGCCCCACCACCCAGGGGCCCCGAAUCCUAGAGCCCUUAAGGAUGCCCCGACAGGACAGCGAUGACAGGGGCUCACUGGUUUCCCUGACAGAGGAGCAGGAGGAGCUGGGGGAUCAUGGCAGACUUCAUGACCCGAAAUCGCGGCGGUAUCGGCCUCUGCGAAACAGCUGUCCUCCCAUGUCCCUGCCCCUCACCAAGUCUGUAUCCAUGCUCGCCAUCAGCCAGAGAGACAUCGAUGGUAUGAGGUCGUUUUCCAGCACCUCUGGGUCACUAGCAUACAGUAUAUCAGAGGAGGAGCCUGGGCCUCUGCGGAGCGACACUGAGGGAAAGGGUGCGACGAAAGUCAGCCGGACCUUCAGCUACCUCAAAAACAAGAUGUACAAAAAGACCAGGGAGAAGGAGCGAGACAAAAGGGAGAAAGACAAGGAGGGGAAAGAGAAGGACAAGAAGACUGUGAAUGGUCAUGUGUUCACGCCAGUCGGUUCGGCCCAGGCAGCCCAGUGUUCCCAGUGCAAUAAGGCUUUCAACAGCAAAGAGGCUUUCCACUGCGCACACUGCAAUGCUUCCGUCCACAAGGGCUGCAGGGACAGCUUGCCUCUCUGUGCCAAGGUGAAGAUGAAGUUACCCAAGCAGCAGUUUGCAGUACCAGAUUCAAGCCCUUUUCCUGGAGUCACUAUGAGGAACAAAUCUGGUGGGACGAGGGAACGCCCCUGGUCGGCCAUCUUGUCCCCUGAAGACCAUUCUUCUUUGAUGAUCCCAUCGUCACGGAGACACACCAGCAUCAUGCCUUUCCAUGGCAACAACCUGUCCAAGAGUCUGUCCAUAAGCAACAUCGCUGGUCCGGUGUUUGAUGACAUUCCCAUUAAAGGCCUGCGGUAUCUCUCUCAGUCUACGGACUCCCUCAACAGAACAAACCAGGUCACAGAGUCCAUGGAAUCGCUCACUGAUGAAGGGACGGAGAUGAUGGACGGGCAGUUGAUGGGGGAGUUUGAGGCGGAGGCCAAAGAGCUGGAAGCUGAUUCGUGGAGUUUAGGUGUGGAGCAGCAAUACCUGCAGCAGCUGGACAAAGAGCUGGUGAAGAGACAAGAUGUCAUCUACGAGCUGAUGCAGACGGAGAUGCAUCACAUCCGGACAUUACGCAUCAUGUCAGAAGUGUACAGUAAAGGCCUGCAGAAGGAGGUGCAGCUUGAGCUCCAGACAGUGGAGAAGCUGUUCCCCGUCCUAGAUGAGCUCUUGGAUCUGCACACGCAGCACCUCCUGCGCCUCCUGGAGAGGAAGAGGGAGUGCCAGCUGGAGGGGGGAUGCUUGGACGGAGGAUUCAUCAUUAACAGGAUAGGAGACAUCCUGGUCAGCCAGUUCUCAGGAUUCAACGGUGAAAGUAUGAGGAGGAUUUACGGAAGAUUCUGCAGCCGCCACAAUGAAGCUGUCAACUUCUACAAGGACCUGCUGACCAAAGACAAACGCUUUAAAGCCUUCAUCAAAAAAAAGAUGAGCAGCAGCAUUGUGCGGAGGCUUGGCAUCCCAGAAUGCAUCUUGCUGGUGACCCAGAGGAUAACAAAGUACCCGGUGUUGAUUCAGAGAAUGCUACAACACACUAAAGAGAGCGAGGAAGACUAUGACGACCUGACGGAGUCUGUCCGGCUGGUGAAGGAGGUGAUCGCAGCGGUCGACAGCAAGGUGAACGAGCACGAGAAGAGACGCCGUCUGAAGGAAUUCCACAGCCGCAUGGACAGCAAGUCCAUCAUGAUGAUGAAGAGCGGCCAAAUUUUCGCCAGGGAGGAUCUGCUGAGGAGGAGGCUGAUCCACGAAGGAGCGCUGCAGCUGAAGAACAGCCAGGGAAGACUAAAGGACAUCCACGCUCUGCUCCUGUCAGACGUCUUUGUCUUCCUCCAAGAGAAAGACCAGAGAUAUGUCUUCGCCAUGCUGGACCAGCGCUCCACGGUCAUCUCCCUCCAGAAGUUGAUCGUCAGGGAGGUCGCUAACGAAGAGCGCGGCCUCUUCCUCAUCACGGCAGGCAUCGAGAAGCCGGAGAUGAUGGAGGUCCUGGCCAGCUCGAAGGACGAACGCAACACCUGGAUGCAUCUGAUCCAAGAAGCCAUGCAGUCCAUGGAGAAGGAUGAGGAUGAAGGUAUUCCCAGUGAGACCGAAGAUGACAAGAGACAACUGGAGACUAAAGCCAAGGAGAUGAGAGACUUGUUGAGGCAGAAAGACACAGAGAUCAUGUCUCUGCUGGAGGAGAAGGUGCGGCUCUUCAGGGGGAUGUGGGAGGGCCUGAAUCCAGGCGAGGAGGCCUCCCAGCAGGUCGAACCCUUCUUCAGGUCAGCCUGCAGCUUGGAGCCACCCAGGGGGGCGUCCAUCAUGAAGGAUGCCCUGCUGGAAGUGGAGACGUUACAGGCGCUGGUGAACGGCAGCCUGGGCGGGGCCAUGGCCAGCGUCCAGGAGGGAGGAGGCGUGGGGCCGGUGUGUUUGCCCCGUCGGGCUGAGACGUUCGGAGGCUUCGACAGUCACCAGAUGCACAGCAACAAGAGUGGAGACAGAGACGAGGGCGAGGAUACGGUGGGAGAUCUGCGCAGGACGGAGUCUGACAGUGUUUUAAAGAAGGGAGGAAACGCCAACCUGCUGCUGCUGCUGAAGAGGAACAGUGAGCAGGUCCUUCACAGUGUCUCCAAUCUGCAUCUCCUGCUCAGCACUCUGCAGGCGGUGGUGGUCCAGCAGGACAGUUUCAUAGAGGACCAGCGGCAGGCCCUGAGCGAGCGCUCCUCCUCCUGCACGUCUUUAUCUCGGCCAUCUUCGCGGCCCAACUCCCUGAUUGAGCAGGAGAAGCAGCGCAGCCUGGAGAAGCAGCGGCAGGAGCUGGCAUCCCUGCAGAGACAACAGGCAGCUCACGCUGAGGAGAAGAGGAGGAGGGAGAGGCAGUGGGAGCUCAGGGAACAGCAGCUGACUGAAAGGGAGAUGCUCGUGCACGUGCAGGAGGAGGAUGUGCUGAAGCAGCACAAGGAGCUGGAGGUGGAGAAGCAGGAGCUGCAGAGUAAGAAGGAAGAGUACCAGAAAGACCUGGAGAGGCUGAGAGACGCCCAGAGGAAGUUGGAGAGGGACAGGGAGGCCGUGCAGCGGCAGCUCGAAAAGAUGGAGGAGCUCCGUCUGGCUGAGAGGACUCCCUCGACGACAUCUGAUGAAUCCCAGUUCCCCGGCAGCUCCCAGUCUCUGGAGCUGGACCCACUGGAGUUCUCCUCCUCCUCCUCCUCCUCCCUGCCCAGGCUGCAGCACCAGCAGUCCAAGCCCAAAGGAAAAGGCCUCAAUCCCUUUACCUCAUCCUCCACUAAUGCCAACCUCAAGGGCAGCGAAGCCAACAACCAGAUCUCAAAGAGCCUGCUGCAGCUGGCCAAGAGCAAGAACAAGGAGGGGAAGGAAAAGAAGAAGAAGAAGGGCAAAGGAGGGAGUGCACAGACAGCAGACCCCCAGCACCGCCCUGAGCCUCCUCUGGACGGAGAGAUCUUCUUCUGCUGAGGGAAGUGGCUCUCCUCCUCCUCCUCCUCCUCCUCCUCCUCAUCAUCAUCAACCCAUCAACCCAUCAGGCCAGCCCGACAUGCAGAGGAACGUGUUAUUGCUGAGUGGUAACAUGCAUUACUGCAGCUUGUUACCAGGCUUUUUUGGCACCUUUGAAAGCAUCUUAGUUCACUUCAUAACGUAGAGCAAUUUAACAUUGCGUGCAAGAAAAAGAGAAAAUGUGUGCUUUCUUGCAUGUUUAAAUCAAACACCACUUCUUGUAGUUUUCUGGAGAGCAGAAUAUUUUAGAGAUUCUGAUAUCGUGUGCACGUAGGAAUACACACACUUGCAGUACUUUAAAAUAGGGAACAUGGAUUAGCUGUGCGCUUUUGGGUAUUCUGCGCAAAAAAAACCCAUUUCCUUUUCCAAAGAAGUCAUUAUGAAGCAUUUUGGAGUAAAAUAUACAUUUGUGAAAGCUCUGUAUUACAAUGAAAACAUUUCACAGUGGAUUGUCACUGUGAAAGUUCUACCAAUUAUCUUAUGGGCCUGACUGCCUUCCUGUUUUCAUGUCUCUUAUGGCCACAACCAGCCCCCCCCCCUUUUCUUUUUUCAACUGUCCGUCCUGGCAUUAAGUCCCACACCAACACGCUGUUAUAUUAAUUUACAAAAUGAAGCAGGGCUGCUUCCAUGUGGCUUUAACCACACAUAAAAAGAUACACACACACACAUCUAAAUGCCACUUGGAAACAGAUAUGAAUGUCAACAAGCUCGCUGUGGCACUGGAAACGCCUCACUCCUCCUCAUCUUCAUUGAUAAUAGACUGAAACCACGGAGGGAAAAUCCGCCUAAACUCUGUGUCCUUUGUGCAUUUCUUAAUCAAUGUUUUCAGUGUUUUCUUUCCAAAAUGUUUCCGUAUAAAUCCACGCUGACAGAAAACUGGAACCCUGACAUUCCUUUACUCGCGAUUUGAAAAGCAGAUGUGAUUACAUGUUCGAAUUUUGUCUCCGGUUUGUAAGCAAAGUGGAAUUGGCACAUGAUAACUUCAGUUAACUCCAGCGAUCCUCUGUAAUGAUUUUAUGCCAUCAAUCAUGUUCCUUGCUGAGGUUUUAAUUUAUUUGAAUUAUGGAUAUCUCCAUUUUGGAGUGAAACUCUUCAGAUGUGCGUGUCUAUUUUUCCAGACUCAACAGUAAUGAAAGGAAUGAGACAUAUCUCCCUGUGUAUAAUGGCUCAAUUCAUAUCCUUUAGUGUGUUUUAGAGCCUUGGAUGGAUAUUAGCUUGAUCCUCACUUAUCUGUCUGUCAAUGGGCUUUUAUGCAGCCAUCAUCUUUCAUCUGAGCGCCAACGAGCAGGGCUUUCCUUCGUUUUUUUUUUUUUAAUUGCAUAUGACUCCGCAGGUAGCAUACUAAUGGCCUCUGUCUGAUAAAUAGUUUAGCUUUCUCUUUCAACCUCCCUCUUUUACCUCUGAUUAUAGACUCAGUGGACGCACACAGCUGAUGGUUUUAGGAAAUGGAGGCUGUUAAUAAAGGGACAAAGCAGCUGGUUAGAGAAGAUGAGAAAGGACAUUAACUAAAAACAGAUGAUGUUAUGUUUUCCUGUUUAAUGACGAAACCUGUCUAACCCAGUCUCUGAUCAUUUCAAAUUAAUCAACACACAUCAGUGUUGUUAAGCACUUUGGUCCUAGUAUGUUGAUGCAUUUUUUUUUUCAAUGUGUGAGUGUGAGCGUGUGUGUGUGUGAGUGUGUGUGAGUGUGUGUGUGAGAGUGUUUGAGAGUGUGUGAGUGUGUGUGGGUGUGAGUGUGUGUGUAUUAUCAGUAUGGAAGAUCAAACGAGGAGAUCUUUGUAUUAUGUGGGUUUUUAUAAUUUGAUGCUGAUGAAAAGCAACAAUGAUCCAAAGCCAGAUAAUUGGUUAAAGUACAUAAAAGAUGCUGCGGCUCCAUUUUGUUAGUGUGUAAAAUUAAAACGGGGCGGGUAGCUUUUAUGUAAUGUUUCCAAGGUAACCCGUAAGCCUAUGUUUCAGCCCCACUAACCCCAUAGUGGGCCACACAGCUACCUGCUGGACAGGUAGGAAAUAAAAGCAGAAGACAAAUUAAAAAAAAAAAAAAAAAAAAAGUCCUUGCUUUUCCAGUGAAUAACAGAGCAGCGUCACUGAUCCGCUUCCUUUUUGCCUCUUUUGUCUAACGUUUAAGUGCUUGAUUGUUAACUCGCCGUCUGUGUUGAGGAUUUGACUUCCUGUCCAGGCCGGUUUAUCAUAGUAAGUCUUCUAAGAGGCUUUAAGGACCGGCCCAUUAGUUUCUUCAUGUCUUUUGUUUAUGGUGUUGGUGUAAUCCUGUCAAAGAAACAGAGGAAUGGGCUUAUUUUUUCUCAGUUGCUUCAGGUGUGUUUUGACCACUAGGGAGCACUGCACCUAUGACUAAAUGAGUUCCGUCCUUUACACAUCAACAACAACCAAAAGUAUGAAACUGAUUUGUUUUUUAUUUUCAUCUUCAUAUAUGUAUAUUCUCCCCACUGUGCAAAAUUAACAUAUUUUUCUCAGCAGGUCAUUGCCAUACAGAGAUAAUGUGAUGAGCGUGGGCUCUCAUACUCUGACAGUUUCCCCACGGUAUUUGUAAUUGACUGCAGAAACAAAUAAGUUGUCAGAGAUUGUAAUUGGUUAUUCAAUGAAACCAGUCAGCAGCAGCUUUAAUAUGAAAAAAAGAAGGUGUAACGGUUGGAGCGAGCGACCGGGCAGAACCACAAACCUCUCUUUGUAAGGGACAAUCAGCUGACGUGAGUCAGGAAAAUGAACUCUUUUCCCCCGAUGAUGAUAGGCCUGUCCAUGAGACGAGUGUGUCCAUCAGGUGAACCCUGCGUAGCCUUAAAUCUUAAUGAUAAAAUGCACUAGAGUAGAACCUAGCAUCUUCUCAGGAGAUAGAGGAGAGCUUUUAUACCUCUGCUUUGAAACGAAGGAAAUGUUUGUACUAUACAAAUGGUACACAACUGUUGUAUUCUACACAAUGUACAAAAAGGGCAAAUGUGUAAAUAUAAUUUCUGUAUAAAAAAAAACAACAAAUGUAAAAAAUGAAUUGUUUCAUUUGUGAUUCAAUGCAACAUUUUGUAAUAAUGUUUUAUUUAUGUUUUAUUUUCACCCUCAGGGUGAUAAACAAUGUAAAGUCACAUUUCUCUCAUAAUAAAAAGAAAAAAAAAUAAUGGA